AUGAGCGACAACCCUUACUACGGCGGCGGCGGUGGCGGCGGAUACAUGGCCGGCGGCGGCUCGCCCUUCGGCGGCGGCAGCCAGGACUCGCCUGGUGGCAAGAAGAACCGCAACAACCAGGCCCUCCGCCCCGUUACCAUCAAGCAGAUCCUCGAGGCCACCCAGGUCCACCCGGACUCUGACUACCAGAUUGACGGCGUCGACGUCGGGACUGUCCAGCUUGUCGGAAACGUGCACAACCAAUCCACGACUGCCACCAACGUCUCGUACGACAUUGGCGACGGAACGGGCUACAUCGACGUGAGGCAGUGGCUGGACACCGCCGACGACGAGGCCGGCAAGAUGGACGGCAUCAUGCAGGACAAAUAUGUUGUCGUUACGGGCAACAUCAAGGUGUUUGGCGGCAAGCGUCACGUCUCGGCGCAGAACAUUCGCAGUGUCGAGAACCACGACGAGGUCUACCACCACUUCCUCAAGGCCCUCCAGGUCUCCCUCUCGUUCCGCAACCCGAGUGGUGUUGCCGGCGGUGCUGCUGCUGCUGGCGCGACCCACAACGACUAUGCCGGCGGUGCCUCGGCGUCCCCCGCUGGAGCCGACUUUUCGCACCUCCCUGCCCUGCAACGCAAGAUCAUGGCCAUCGUGUCCGCCGAGGACCACGACGACGGCAUGCACGUCUCGGCUGUGGGCAAGCUGUGUCUCCCUACCGAUGGCGAGGAGGUCAUGAACGCCAUUGAGAACCUCAUGGGCGAAGGUCUGCUGUUCUCGACGAUUGAUGACCUUCACAUCAAGGCCGCGUAA